AUGAGGCUUCUAAGCCGGUUGCUUCUGCAGGGCUUGAUUCUUGAACAGGUCUUCGCGACCUCGGAACCUCCUUGCAAAGUCUCAUCGAUACCAGAAGGUCUAAAUCCUUCAGGCGGGCGAUUUGAGUGGAAAUGCACGAAAAUCAAGAACGGGAAGCGAAAAUGCAAGCCUAAAUGCGUUGGUGACGCUGGUAAAAAGCAAACCUACACGAUCGCCUGCGUCAACAAGAACAACUCGAACACCUGGACGGUCUUCCGUGGCUCAGCGCCUUCGUGCACCGCAACUGUGGUCAAAUGUUUGGCUGAUGCGAUUCCGUCCCGUUUCAAACCCGCUGGCGCUCAUACCUUUGUUUGCAAGAGACACAAUGUCGGAAGCAGCUGCAAAGUCAAGUGCCUCAAUGGAGGUGAUUCUGGCGACUUCGUGGUCCGUUGUAAAAACAAAAAAAAUAUAUGGACAAUUAGGAAGGGGAUCACGGUACCGACCUGCUCUGAGACAACAACUGUUCAACCAACUACAGAACCAUCCCAGCCAACGUGCAUUCCAGAUGAGUUCAAGUGGUGCAUAGCUUGGGGAGAUCCUCACUUCACGACUUUUGACGGAGAAUUUCACCAUCUCCAACCCCAAUGCGAAUAUGUCAUGGCUAAAGUCGACGCUGCUGAGUAUUCGAACAUGCCAGCGUUCAAGAUCAUCGGUGACUUUGCUCCUCUUGAGCCAGGCUCAUCGUUAACCUACACGCAAGGUUUUACGUUUGAAUUUCCCGGACAGGAUCAAUCGCCAGAUGAAGUUCCGAGAUACGUCAUUUCUGUUGAAAGAGAAGAUCUUAGAGACCAAAGUGGAACGUCUGGAAUUCGAAGAAGCACCCUCGAAGAUCGUUUAACCGGCAAUUCAUACGAUUCAUCGUUCCUCGUUGAUGAUUUUGAUUUGACUAUUACACCAACAACAGUUGAAAUAGAAACUUGGUUUGACGUCUACAUAAAAUAUACAGCUUGGGGGGCUGCCGACGUCCGAAACUUAAAACUUGAGAUCAAGGUUCCUGAUUGCUAUGCUCAUAAUAUCGAUGGACUUUGCGGAAAUUUCGACGGUCAACAAUACGUCGAAUUUACCCCUGGAACCUCUGGUUCUCUCACUAACGAUAUUGACAAUUGGCAAACGACUCAGGAGAACCUUUACGAAUGGGCUGAGCAAUUUGAACUUCCCGACGAGCAGUGCCAUCACAUCUUUGGUCUAAACUGUGCGGUAGAUAUCAAUCACGCAAUUACUGCUUGCAUCGCACUCGACCCUGACAAUACUGAUUCUGUUUUUGCUCCUUGCAAUGGUGACAAAAGCAAUGCCUUCCUUAGCUGCGUGACAGAAAAAUGUGAUCAAUCAGAUGAGUGCCCAGCAUUUGCGUCUUUUGCUAAAGAGUGCAUUAAUGACUUGGGGCCGGAAGAAAGAGGACCAGUUUGCGAUUGGGCUACUGGUUUGGGCUGUUCUACAGCUUGUGGGGCUAAUGCUGUCUUCGAAGGAUGUGCUGACACAUGCGCUGCUAGAAGAACGUGCAGAAAUCGUCAUCAGACUGACAUUGAGCGAUGCGAUGCAAAUACUGAGAUCGACAGUAUGUGCGUCUGCCAGCCUGGAUUCAUUCUUGAUGGAGAUGACUGUAUCCCUGAAGAGAAUUGCGGUUGCACUGAGAAUGGCUACUAUUAUUCGCUCGGUAGUACGUUUCAGAAGCCUGUGUAUAACCCAGAAGAGAAUUGCGAAUGUACAACUUCGGGAAUCGUCUGUACGCCGAUCCCAUGCGAUCAAAUGGAGAGAGGGUCUUGCAAAGUUCACAGUGACCCUUGGAUUACAACUUUUGACAAUACAAAAUACGCAUUUCACGGUAGCUGCAGAUACAAUCUUGUGAGAGCUGAAGACACCGAAGAUCGAGCUGGGUUUUCGAUUGAAAUCAGUAACAGAGGCAGUAGCAGAUGGGAAGACACGUCCGGAAGAUCGGGAACUGUCGUCGACCAAAUUUGGUUAGAAGCGCAUUCAAGCAACUACGUUUUCGGAGAUCAAAAAAGAUACUAUUUCCACUUCAACAAUAGAGACAACUCAGCAUAUUAUUCAAACACCGAAUUAGAUAUCACUCUUUUCGAUCGCCUCACUGGGCAGACAUAUUUCAAUGCCGAUUUCUCCAAUGAUGAUGUCAGCUUGAAAAUAACCUUCCAAAAUUCUGUUGCAACUGGGUUUGAUCUCCAUUUCCACUGGAAUGGUCUUCAAGUCAAGUUCAAGGCUUGGUACUGGUGGAUGGAUGUGUAUGUCCCAGGCUGUUACAAAGAGUCAGUUUCUGGUCUUUGUGGUGAUUGGGACGGCAACGGAGACGUAUCGUUGGCUCAAGAUUAUGAGAACAAUCCCGAUGAAUUCGGCGAACGAUUUUUGACUUCGAGAAUUUCCGAUGAAUGCAGUCAUGGUCGCUUUUUCGAACCUUGUGAAGAUCUUACACCAGCCGAGUUUACUUCAGCGAUUCGAAGAUGCGAUUCUCUUGAAGACGGGACCGCACAAGCCGAGGUUUUUAAAACAUGUAAUUUUGUUAGUGAUAAGCAGGGAUACUACGAUAUCUGUCUCUGGAACAGCUGUCUUGAUCUUGCUUGCGGAUCUAUUCAAAGUUUUGCUCAUGACUGUCUUCUCAGAAAAACCGAAGGCACUGCAGAUUUUUAUGAAAUCUGUAACUGGCCUCAAGUGACAAGCUGCUCUCAAGAAUGCUCAGGAGGACAGAUCUUCAAAGGAUGCACAAAUGCUUGUAAAGAAGAACGUACAUGCGAUGAUGUUGUCAACGGAAUCUCAGAUGCUGAUCGAUGUGGAUCAGAGCGUUCUAUCGAUCCUAUGUGCGGUUGUCCAGAUGGACAAGUCAUGCACAAUGGAGAAUGCAUCAACGAGGAUGCUUGUCCCCGUGAUUGCAUUUCAACGGGAACAAGCUAUUGCGAAGCAGCUGGUGAUCCCCACUACGACAUGUUUGAUGGCGACACCCAUCAUUUCCAGGGUGCUUGCAAGUACAGUUUUGUGAAAUCAGCUGGCGACGACGAAUUCAGUAACAUGCCAGCAUUUUCCGUUGACGUUGAUCAAAGACGAUGUGGAGAAGAUUAUAGGGCUGUUUCGUGUAUUCGUGGAAUGACCUUCGAGUUUCCUGGAAAGAACCAACUUCGAUCGGAGACUCCGAGAUACUUUUUAACAAUCGAUGGUUUUUCAUUUGUUUUCGAAGAUCGUCUUAAUGGGCAGUCUUAUGAGAAUGGUUUUACUAAUGAUGACGUAAGAUUCGAAAAAAUCGGUAAUUCGGCUAGAGUGACAACCUGGUUUGGAGCAAAAGCUAACUAUCUACCUCAUGACGGGGGCUCGGUAUGGGGAACUUAUGCCACGGUACGAGUGACGCUACCAGAUUGCUACAUGAAUCACGUGGAUGGUCUUUGCGGCAAUUGGAAUGGAGUCCCAUUUGAUCAAUUCCAUGAAAGUCACGAAAUUUGGCGAUCGGAAUCAUGGCGAGCUCAUCAAAAAGAUCUUGUUGAAUGGGCAAAUGAUUUUGCUGAGCCCGAUCCAAGAUGCCGAGAAGUUCACGACUUUGAAUGCGAUGACAUCGGUGAAGUCACAGAUCUAUGCGCCGAACUUGAUAAGAAUAUUCCUGGUGGCGUUUUCCAUGAGUGCACUGCUCCUAAAGAUGCUGCUCAUAUGUCCUGUAUGAUUGACACCUGUAUCUCGCGUGACGCUCGAUGCAAUACGCUCCAAAACUACGCAAGACAAUGCUUGAGCACAAUCCCUUCUAAUCUUCAAGCUCAUAUCUGCUCAUGGGCCGCUGAAACUGAUUGUGAGCUUGAAUGCGGAGAGAAUAGCAGCUACCUUGGCUGUGCAAACACAUGUGAUGCCCAACGAACGUGCAGAAAUCGACAUUUGUCGAGUGAAGAACGAUGUGGAUCAUCAAUCAAUAAUAUUGAAAGUAUGUGCGUCUGUGAUCCAGGCUAUAUUCUUGACGACGAAGGAUGUGUCUUAGAAGAAAACUGCGGCUGUACUUGGGACUUCAACAACCAGUAUUACGCACGAGGCCAAAGCUUCUCUAAUAAUGAUGAAAGUUGCGAAUGUACCGCUGACGGAAUAGUCUGUGCACCGAUACCCUGCGGGAGCCGACCAACUGCUUAUUGCAAAUCCCACAACGAUCCAUACAUCUACACAUUUGAUCAUUAUGAGUAUUUCUUUCAUGGCAACUGUCGAUAUAAUCUUGCAAGCGCCCCGGACACUCCCGAACUGCCGGGAUUCAACGUAAAUUCCAAGAAUAGAAAGCUUUAUUCUUCAACAACUGCAACCGUGACUGAUCAGCUUUGGUUUGAUUUCCAUGGAAUUGACUACGUUUUUGGGGAUCCAAAACCAUACACUCUAUUUAUUAAAAAUAUGGAUACAUCCGGUUACUCUCAAAACGCGCAUUUUGAAAUAACGCUAACUGACCAUCGUACAGGGCAAAAUAUCCUCGACGCAGUUCCAUCUGGUAACUUGAUCGCAUGGUUUGGCUUAGAAUCCUCUCCGAGCUCUUUUAAAACAUCAGACUACGAAAUUACUGUAACAAGAACGCAUUGGUAUUCUUCAUACUAUUAUCACACAGUUGAAAUUCGAAUAGCAAAUGGAAUUUCCGUUAAAUUCAGUGGAAAAUAUUGGUCUGCUUACGUGAACGUCAACAGCUGCUACAAGAACAUUAUGACCGGUCUUUGCGGAAAUUACAACGACAAUAACUCCGAUGAGCGUCUCCUUUCUACUGAAUAUGAUGAUGAUAGCCAGACUGUUGGAGACCGAUUCCAAACUGACAGUGAUGAUACUUGCACACACGGCGAGCUUCUUAAGCCUUGCGAAGAUCUUCUAGAAGAGUCUGGUCAAGUGGCUUACGAUGCUGCUGAAGAUCGAUGUGAGAUUGUCAGCCCUUAUUCCAACCAGAAUUUUUUCAAUGGAUGCGAGUUCCUUGGAAGUAGACUGCCAACUUAUGAAGCUUGCCUCUUCCACAGUUGUCUGGACCCUGAGUUGCACUGCGGAAUCAUCGAAGACUACGCAUCUCAAUGUUUGACUAAAAAAAUUGCUGGGUCAGCUGACUAUCAAAGAAUUUGCGACUGGGCUUCUGUUACUGGCUGUGCUCAAGAAUGUCCACAAAUAGAGAGCGGUCUUGGUGAGAGCCCAAUAAGAGCAGAAGAUCCCUUCAAAAUCAGUCUGGAUGUUUACUGCUCUGGAGAACCAUCCGAUGCGAUGACGGGAAUGGCAUCUUUUUCACGCAAGGAUGGAAGUUUCGAUAAUCAUUAUUACUUCGGCGUCGGCGGUGUCACAGACUAUCCAAAUCUUUUUUUCUGGAUGGAAAAUCCAGACUUUGAAGAGGGAACAGGCUGGGAGUUGAUCUCGGAUGAGGGUUCUCAAUGGUGGAUAGCGGGUCGCAACCCAACAUAUGUCUUUCCGUGCACCGCCGGAACUUGGAAUUCGGUCAUUUUGACUCAAGAAUACCAAGAGUCUGAUAAUAAAUGGGUGAAAACGCUUACAAUCGAGAGGCUCUCAAAGAAAGAAAUAACUGCUCAAGUUUUCAAAGGCUGUACAAAUGCAUGCUUCGAGCAGCAGACGUGCGAAGAUGUUGCCAGAGGAAUCAGCAAAGAGACACGAUGUGCUGCUACUGCGAAUAGAGUCGAAGGCAUGUGCGGAUGUCCUGACGGGUUCCUGUUCGAAGAUGGAGUGUGCGUUCUCGAAAGCUCAUGCGGUUGCAUCAACAACGACGGUAGUUAUGUUGAGCUUGGCACAGUUGAAGGAAGAUGUACUUGUACUUCGACUGGAUACGAAUGUGCACCAGAGUCAUGUCCUUGUGAAGAGUUUGAUUCAUGCAUUGACUUCAUUUGUGAAGAUGCCCAGUCAUUUUUCGUUCCCGAAGAUGGAGUUAUCGGAGAAUUCACUGCCACUCGAAACUUCGAGCUUAGCUAUGAAUUCAACUGUGGAGCUAUUGAAGCAUCUUCUACUUACAUAGGCCCUCAUAUUUAUGCAACAGGGGAGUUUCCUAGAUCAUUCAAUGAAGCUGAUGAUCCGACGAAGCCAACCGAGAAGGGAAAAAAGAAAAGGGAAGCAAGGUCCGCUGGAUCAGUUCAAUUUUGGUAUGUUAGCUGGACUAAUGCAAACGGAGAAGACUCACCCAUCACGUCAGUUGGAUUUAACGGAGGGACAACUUCUUCCGGAUAUGCUUUUUUCUACAAUCUCGGAUAUUGCGACGGAGAAACGUUCAAUACAAUGAAGUAUACUCAAAAUUUUGAUGAAGAAGCAGGGACAUACACUCAAAAUUUUUAUUUCAAUGGAGAGUUGAAAGAAACAAAGGUGUACCCCGAAAACGAAUUUACCCCGUAUGAAGGAGAUCUCACUGUUUCGCUUCUUGCUCGAGGCAGCGACUCUUGGCAGCGUUGGCCUGGCACCAUCAAGAAUUUCUAUAUUCGUGAGACGUUUCCGAAUCGAAUUGUCCUUGUCAACAAUGAACCAAUUGCUCCAGCGGAAGACACAAUGAUCGCAACAGUAACUUCAUCUGCCUAUUACACCGCAGAAAUGGAGAUUUUCUGCGCUUCUGACAGUUUGCCACUCGACGGAGGCUUGUUCGGCUACAAGUCUAUCUUGCACGUUACAUCUGGAACUGAUUACGGUGAACUUGGAAGUCGAGUCUUCACAGUGUGGAGAAGCUCGGGCAGCAACCUUCUCUAUUUCGCAAAUCCCAUCGGAAAAACAAGAGGUGCCAUCGCGGUGACUGCGUGUGACGCCGGCCAAUAUAACCAUUGGAAACUCGUCGUCAGAGCUGAUGAUGCAGAUGUUUCAAUCAGUGUGGCCGAACUUUUCAAAGAUGAUGUUCUUAUUGCGACGAGAGCCGGUCCAAAGAGUGACACAAUCGGUGAUGGAGAAGAACUUCAGGUUUGGGCUGGUAACGGAUGGCCUGACUUUCCCGGAAGCGGCUACGGUAUUGGAUCUACCUACCUGAUCAAGAAUGUCAUUUUCACCAGACAAUGA